GUGACCUCACUUCCUCCUGCCCGUCCGUCCACAUUUGAACCCACUGAUUGCUGUCUCUACAUAUAUAGACACAUUACCCACAAAAAGUGCGGCAUAUUGGGCUUUCGUGUUAAAUUUUGUAACUUUCAAUGCACUAAAACCUCUACAUACAUUAAUUUUAGGUUCAUCCUGAAAUUUCAUAUUCCAAACUUUUUGUGAGUAGUGUAUUUAUCCAAUGCGUCCUCGCUGUCUGAACCUUUUUCUCCAAUGAGCAAGACACAACCUCUUUAGUUUGUGUAUCUUUAAUUGUGUCAUCACUCAGGCUUUAUGAUUUUUUGUUGAGCAAUGAUUUUAAUCUACUGUGUAGAUGUUAGUUUUCAGUAUUAUAGUUUCCCUCGUGACUUUAAUUAAAAUGAAAUGUUUUUACCUGAUUGAAAGUAACUAGCUUUUUAAUGACAUAUUUUGUUUUUAAUAAAUGGCAAUACCUUGCUGUUUCAGUCGGGGUUGAAUCUGCCUCUUAAGUACCACCACUGUCACGUGUAAAAUGCAAUAUGACAGCCUGCAACUGUGUCACAUACAUCAUCUGAAGCAGUUCACAAUCAAUAUUUAUAACAUAAUAUCAUAGUCACCAGAGAUGCUGAUUAUCAAAUGUAUUAUUGUGUAUAGAUCGCUUGCACAUAUGCUGUACAAGUCGAAGUUCCCUCUGAAAAAAUGAUGAUGUCAUCGAGGUCGUGCUUGCUGGUCUUGGGAGGAUUAAUUUGAAAUCUGAUUGGUUAAUGAAACAGUCCUAUUACUAUUAUAGUUUAAGCUACAUGGGGCAGCAUGAUUGAUUCUGAAAGACCUGGGCAGAUCAGUUUGACAUGGAAACACAGAGAGGCUGAAAUCUGAUUGGACAAAAAAAUCGUAACAUCCAUAUCCACUGCUGGUAGCAAAUACAGUCAAGCGUAAUGCUACGCUAAUGAAGAGACUAGACUGUUGGUAAAAUAAUAAUAAUGUUUUCAUGGAACAAAUAUUAGAAUUCAAAUUGUAAAUGUUGCAGCAGGGUGAUCGAGUGGUUAGGACAUCCGCCUUACUGCCUCUGACCGUCAGAAUGGAUGGAUGUAUUGUGGAUGAUUAUAGGAUCAUAUGAAAUACGGUGUGUCCAAAUGAAAACAACCAAGAGACCCGGUAGAAGUAAAACAUGAUCAGAUGUGAUAAGACGCUGUCGAAUUAAAAAGGAAAAGUUGGCCAAAAUGUAUUGAUUCGUAUUUGGUGGCGCCAACGCACUUUUAAGAUAGUUUCCCAACCACUAAUAAACGUAGAAGAAGAAGAAGGUGACCCGGAAGCAGGUAGAUGUCACUUGUCUGUGUGAGCGAAACAUGUCUACCGUUGUCGCUACGAAGAGACCAAAAACGUCCUCCGCUCAGCCGGAGGAGAGAGUCGACUGGAAGAAAAGGAAAGCGGAAAUCAAGGAGGUCAAGAAGCAGAGGAAGGAGGCCAAGCUGAUCAAACAGCUGGAAAAACAGAAACAAAGAGAGGCGGCCGAGAGGGAGAACGCUGAGCAGGCGCACAACAAAAAAGGUCGAGCGUACACGGUGAGCGUGGCUCUGCCGGGCUCGGUUCUGGACAACGCUCAGUCCGCCGAACUCCGCACCUACCUGGCGGGACAGAUCGCCCGCGCCUGCGUCAUUUUCUGCGCCGACGAGAUUGUCGUGUUUGAUGAGCAAGGCGAAGAUGUCAAGAGCGUGGAAGGCGAGUUUACAGGCGUGGGGAAGAAGGGACAAGCGUGUAUUCAGCUGGCCAGACUUCUACAAUACCUCGAGUGUCCACAGUACCUGCGCAAGAUUUUCUUCCCAAAGCAUCAAGACUUACAGUAUGCAGGACUGCUGAACCCUUUGGACAGUCCUCACCACAUGAGGAUCGACGAGGAAUCGGAAUACCGCGAAGGCGUCGUCCUCGACAGGCCCACCAAAGCGAGCAAAGGUUCUUUGGUCAAAUGUGGCAUGAGGAAGGAGGUUAAGAUCGACAAACAGCUGCAGGCAGGACUGCGAGUAACUGUGCGUCUCAACACGCUGCAGAAGCAAGAGAGCAAAACGUACAAAGGGACGGUGGUGGCUCCUCACGUGCCCGCCACGGAAGCGGGGCUCUACUGGGGCUACAGCGUCCGCCUGGCGUCCUGCCUCAGUGCCGUGUUCACAGAAAGUCCGUACGAGGACGGUUACGACUUGACCGUCGGGACCUCGGAAAAAGGCAGCAGCGUCGACGAGGCCUCGCUGGCGCCGUUCAAGCAUCUUCUGGUGGUCUUCGGAGGCCUCCAGGGACUGGAGGCCUGCCUGGACGCCGACCAGAACCUGGACGUGCCGUGUCCCAGCGUCCUCUUCGACCACUACCUCAACACGUGUCCCGCCCAGGGCAGCCGCACCAUUCGCACUGAGGAAGCCAUUUUAAUCUCCAUGGCGACGUUGAGGCAGAAGAUAGCGACCGCCUUUUCCAGUGCUUAAAGAGGUCACUGUUCUUUUUUCAAUUUUUUAUGAAAUAAAAAUGUCCUCAAAAUCUG